AAAACAUCACAGCGCCACUACUCGGUUAUCAGUUCAAUUUAGUCGCUGUACACAUUGCAACGCCGGUCCCCAGUUACUGGAUUUUACAACUUCAUAACCAAAAAACACCGCUGACGCUUAUCACAUAGCCCCAAUAUGACCGCCCUCAAAGUUUUCGUGAUCUUCAGCGCUCUCUUCGCGUUGGCCUAUUGCGCGCCAAAUCCCGGUUUCUUCGGUGGUGGCAAACAUGAACACCACACCAUCCAUGUACCCUACAAGGUGCACACCAUUCACCACCAUCACAUCAAGAAGGUGGAGGUGCCCGUCAUCAAGGAGGUGGAGGUCAUCAAGCAUGUGCCCAUCUACAAGGAAGUGCAUGUGCCCGUUAUUAAGGAGGUGCAUGUGCCAGUGCAUGUUCAUCACAAGGAGGAAGUGCAUCACAUCGAAGAAGAUCAUCACGACUACCACAAGGGCGGCUGGUACUAGAGGGGAAUGAGUGGCGGCGCUCAACCACAUAGGUCUUGCCGUUGGCAAUGCUCUAGUUACAAUUUUAGUUAUAUGCUUAUGUAAUAAUAUGCAGACAUAUGUACAUAUAUGCACGUAUAUAUGCGAUUGAGUGUUAACGCAAAUUUUUUUUUCAUUUUAUUUUUUUGGUUUUACUUUUAUUUUUUUUUGGUUUUAAUUUUUGAUUUUGUUAUUUUGAUUUCUUUUAAUGUUACUACAGCGCACGCGCGUUUGUCCAUGUGUACAAAUUUCAUUUUACCUGACAUGAAUUUAAUUUUAAUUAUAUAUUUUCGACUUUCAUAUUAUUCUGGUCUAUUUAGUUAUAGUUGCUGUACGAUUUUUCUUUCUAUUUGCCACAUUUUGAUUUUGCUUGGUUUACAUACAUACAUUUAGCAUAUCUAAUGAAAACUAUACACACAUAUAUAUGGAAUAUAACUGUUGUUAUUGUACUUAACUCAAACAUUCUCUCAGCAUACUAUUUCUCAUGAUUCAUAACUGUUUUUUGUAAAUAAUUUUGUAGCAAAAAGUACUUAUAUACACAUAUCUGUAUAUAUGUGCGUGUGUGAAAUGCCUAUAAAAAUGUGUAUGUUAAAGAAGGAAAUAGGAAAAAUAAAGAAAA